AUGGCCCUGGCGCGUGUUAAUACGUUCCUUCGGCGAUUGCUGAUGAGCUGCAAGUCUGAGCCUAUAUGGCGCUCCGCCCGGCUCAAUUGUGUAGACCUCCCUCCACGCCCGAAGGAGUUGUCCGAACCCGUCUAUGCAGCACUACUUUUCUCGAAAAUAUGCACUUCAUGCGGGCGCCGUGCUCUUCAAAACAUGGACCCGGUUUUGCAGGGAAGAUUAUGUGCCAAGUGCAAAAAAGACCAGUUAAUUGAUCUAUCUGAACACGAUAUCGAUACAUCACUAGUGUUCGUUUCAACAAACUGGUCGGAGCGGGGACCUUGGUGUUUCAAGAAAGACGCCCAAGCUGUCAAGGGUGUGCUAGAGAGUUUUGAUGCGGCGGGAAACGAAGAAGGCAAACAAAAUUGGAUGAGCAAAGGCGAUGUGCUGUGA